AUGUCCGCAGCUGCCCAUACCUUGGGCCCAACAUGCAUCCUCCACGAUGACGAAGCCACUAACGGUCCAAGCAAUAGCUCGGAUCCUCCUCCCAUCAAGACACAAUUCUUCUAUGUCUCUUCAGUACCUAUAGAUGACCCUCUGUCUCCAUUACCGCCUGUCUCUUCUGACACGAAAUCGUCGCAAGCUCAUCAACCUAAGCCUUUCUCUGCACGCGAUAAUGCCGCUCUGAUAGAUGCAUGGCAAGGCAUCGAACAAGUCCUUGCCUCUACGUCGGGCAAGAUUAUCGAAAGCCGUUCACGACCUGAACUUGGGGAACGAGGGAGAACUUUGGGAGAACUUGUCAGAUUUCCCCGCUUCAAGGGUGAUGGCAAGACUCCUGUUCUAGGAGCUCAAUCCAAGGAUGGACAGCUUGUCACCGCAGCCAAAGACCUUGCAGAUCGUGCCUCGGUCCAAUCGCUUGAGCUCCCGCCUAGCACAAAUACAAUUUUAUCCUCCCGCCGGGAGUCACCGAAGCUACCUUCAACAGAACAAGGAGAGCGCUCUCCAGUCGACCCCGUGGAGCGCCGCAGCCAGAGAUUGCGCCGUCGACUCUCACCAUUUAGGAAACGCAAGACUCUAGAGGAAGAUUUGAGUUCCUCGUCAUUACGGUCGCCUGUUCCUCAACUCGAUGGAGCGGCAGAUACAGACAUCAGUGGACGUCCAUUUGUCAGAGCUUCAACACUCGAUUCGCUCGAUGGCCAAGAUGAUCACAGAUUCCCAGUAACACCAGGAAAUUCUGACACACCCGGCAAAGAUAUUACAGGAGGAAUUGGAAGCCCGCCUGUACCCUCAGAACUCCACAGUGUCUUUCACGCCCACAAGGAUGGAGACGAGAACCGGCAGGAUCAAGAGCAUGCGGAAGAGAAAGUCUUUGUUCCUGUGGGUAUCUCCCGUCUCCACCUUGUCGAAAUGCCGGAUCUUCUUAUGAAGCCUAUUUACUGGAGUCCUGUCAAUGACAUAUCAACUGUGCUUCGCGGAACAUGGUUUUAUGCUACGACUAUGCUACCUGUGGAGCCAGACGUUGCGAACCGGCUGGAGAUGGGCUAUCAGGAGCUCAAACCUUGGACGGAGACAUGGCAAGAUGAGCUCAACAGCUGUGUUGAAAUAGGUGCUGCGGCUGAAAUGAAGAUUGUCCACCGCCUCUUUCCUGAGAGGACUUCUAGCAGACCAGGAAGUGGUGCAGAGACUAAGCCAGACGAAAUGGAUGCUUCUGCAAAACGUACAUUGCUGGCUGAAGGACAAACACUUCAGCACGAGUACUUGGCCGCGGGUCCGCAAGAUGAGAAAUUUCGAACCUGGUCACCAGACUCCUCACAACGAUACAAGAACCAUCGCGUGAUGUACGUCAAUUCCAAUCAAGCACAAAUACUCCGUCCGAGUCUAGCUCCGUCUAUUACCCGCAAUCGAAGACCCCUUGCAGCUGUCCGAAAAGGUAGAGAUAUUGGAGUCGCCGUUGUCCGCGGCUUCAAUCGACGAGCUUGGGAGAAGAUCCACCCGCCAAACAAGAUGGACAUGAGGGCAGCCCAUGCUAAGGUAGGCGCUUAUAUGUCCCAGUCUGGCAAUGCAGACAUGCAAUAUCAGCACAACUCAUGCCCCAUUUGCAGAGUUGAGGAGCAACAGCACGUACCACAAGUCACGGAUCUAGUCCUAGUUAUUCACGGGAUCGGUCAAAAAUUGUCUGAGAGGAUGGACAGUUUCCACUUUACUCAUGCCAUCAACUCCUUCCGGCGCGAAGUUAAUGUGGAGUUGUCAAGCGAGAUUGUUCAGGGCAAUAUUCGCAAAGAGCAGGGGGGAAUCAUGGUUCUGCCUAUUAACUGGCGCCUGACAGUGUCCUUUGAUGAUGAAGUGGAAACCAAGAAUGGCAACGGGGAGAAUAAAUUCCAACUUGAGGAUAUUACUCCAGACACCCUCCCCGCCAUUCGGUCGCUUAUCAGCGACGUUAUGCUAGAUAUCCCAUAUUAUCUUUCACAUCACAAGCAAAGGAUGACCUCAGCAGUCAUCAGAGAGGCCAACAGAGUCUAUAGACUAUGGUGUCGCAAUAAUCCUGGCUUCCACGAAAGCGGCAAAGUACAUAUUGUAGCUCACUCUUUGGGCUCCGCCAUGGCCAUGGAUAUCCUUAGCAACCAACCGACCAAGCCUCCUAGGCAGACUGAAGUCUCUUCGAAUCAAAUCGACGAAAGCAUGUUCGAAUUUGAUACGAGGUCUCUGUUCUGUUGUGGAAGUCCGGCUGCUUUCUUUCUGCUCUUAAACAAGGCUGCUCUCAUCCCCAGGAGCGGACGACAGAAGCCUGGCAUUGAUGGUGCGGAUGAGCGUGGAGUUACCGGAGAAGCUGGCACGUAUGGAUGCUUAGCUGUCGACAAUCUUUACAAUGUGAUGGCUCCUUACGAUCCGAUCACGUAUCACAUGAAUGCAGCUGUAGACAGCGAAUUCGCUGCAACCUUGAAACCUGCUGUCAUUCCCAGCAUCCGGCAAGGAAUUCUUGCAAGCAUUGGAUUGAAAUGGGGAGGUCCUAGCUCCUCUAGGCCUUAUGGCCCUGCAUCGGCCUCAACUCAGCGUCCGUCGAUGAACAAGAUGCCUUCGACGAUUGAGAUGGAUACUCACGACUUUACUCGAGAGGAACUCGCGGAGAAGAGAAUGUUCUUGUUGAAUGAUAAUGGACAGAUCGAUUUUACCCUAAGCAUUGAUGGAGGCCCUCUAGAUUUUCAGUACUGGAACAUGCUGAGCGCUCACAGUAGCUAUUGGAUACGUCAAGACUUUGUCAGGUUUUUGGUGAUUGAAAUCGGUCGGCAGCAAGGCCGGGAGGGUACGUUGGCAGCAUUGACGGCGCAAAAGAAACGAGUCUUUAAGGCAGGUAAGAUCGCAUGA